CAGCGAGAGAGAGCAAGAGGGAGGAUUCCGGCUUCAGAUCCACUACAGACCCCACGGAGCCUGGACGGACCCACAAACAGCGUUAACACGGGAUACUAACCAAAGCUAAACAUUACAGGGUGUUUAUCAAGAGGGCGCGUUUUUGGAGACAUUCGAUGAAAAGAAUACGAUAUUUCAAGGAUAUCAUAUUAUGCAGCCUCGCCUGCUGCUUCCAUUCUCUGGAAUACUCUGGACAGCUGUGGGAUUUCCCUGUCACUUCUGGAUCUUUUUCCUCUGCUCUUAUUAGUGGAUUUCUAAAAAGCAUUUCUAAGGGAAACAAGGCCAGCACACCUUGCGUUUGUAUCUACCUUCCGUCCUCGUUCCCAUAACCGCAUGCUCUUGUGGAUCACUUGAUGUUUUCGCACUUCUGGAAUAGAGCAUCAGGCAGCUGACCAAUCACCUUCCUGCGACCUCACACCACGCAUCACCCCAAGCCUUUGAGGGCCAUCCCUGCUGGCCUGGUCAAAGUGCGUUGCGGUGGGCCGGGGUCACCCCCAGCUCCCUAUGACUGUGUCAGGGAGUCGGAGAGCCGCUGGGCCUGGGAGAGAGACCAGAGAGGAGGCCAGCGGAUGGAGAGCAGUGGCUGCAAUCCCUUCCCUCUGUGCUGGACACGAGGAGCCUGCGUCUACUCCUACCCUCCCCCUCUGCCAAAAUAUGACAGACAGUUAGCACCCACCAAAGCCAUGGCAGCGGCUUACCUGGACCCCAGCCUGACCCAUGCCCUGAACCAGGGGGUCAAGCCUCGCUUCAGCGCAGGGAUGGAGCGGACGGCAGGGGCUCUGGAGCGGGUGCUCAGAGUCUUCCACUACUUCGAGAGCAGUAGUGAACCCUGCACCUGGUGCAGCAACAUCCGACACGGGGACUCAACCGACGUCAGGGGCAUUAUACAGAAGAUCGUGGACAUCCACAAGGUGAGGUGUGUGUCCUGCUUUGGUCUGCGCCUUUGCCAGCUGAGAACAGGUGAAGUUCAUUGGCUUCACCCCGACAUGGGCGUGUCUCAUGUGAGGGAACGGUACGAACACAGCCAUCCUCAGGACGACUGGAGAUAUGAGCUACGGAUUCGAUACUUGCCUAAAGGAUUUUUAAACCAGUUUACUGAGGACCAGCCAACUCUUAACUACUUUUAUCAUCAGGUGAAAAAUGAUUAUAUGAUGGAGAUUGCCGAUCAAGUCGAUCAAGACAUAGCACUUAAACUAGGCUGCCUUGAAAUCAGGAGGUUUUUCAGGGACAUGCGUGGUAACGCCCUGGAUAAGAAAUCAAAUUAUGAAUUAUUAGAGAAGGACGUUGGUCUGCGGAGAUUCUUUCCGAAGAGUUUAUUAGAUUCAGUAAAGGCUAAAUCCCUGCGGAAACUGAUCCAGCAGACGUUUAAACAGUUCGCCAAUCUGAACGAUGAGCAGUGUAUCCUCAAGUUCUUUGAGAUCCUGUCGCCUAUAUACAGAUUUGAUAAGGAGUGUUUUAAAUGUGCUCUCGGGUCGAGCUGGGUGAUAGCAGUAGAGUUGGCCAUCGGACCUGAGGAGGGCAUUAGUUACUUGACAGACAAAGGUUCAAAUCCAACACACCUCGCCAACUUCACGCAAGUGCAAAGUAUCCAGUUCGAGGAGCGAGAGAGGAAGGGAAUUCUGCAGUUAGAUGUGGCUGGAGCACCUGAGCCUCUGACGGUAACAACUACAGCACUGAACACAGCAGAGAACAUGGCAGAUCUCAUUGACGGUUACUGUAGACUUGUUAACGGAACUUCCUCAUCAUUUAUCGUCCGUGUGCAGAAAGAAGGAGAGAGAGCUCUUCCAUCUAUCCCAAAGGCUCCAAAAUCAGCAAACCAUGAAAAACGGUUGCAAGGAGUCCGGGCCAAAGCUAUCUCCGUUUCAGAUGAUAUUGGGGAUGAAACAGACGACUACGCUGAGAUCAUAGACGAAGAGGACACAUACACCAUGCCUUCCAAAUAUUAUGGACUAGAUGAAGCCAGAGACUAUGAGAUCCAAAGAGACAGAAUUGAGCUGGGACGCUGUAUAGGAGAGGGCCAGUUUGGAGACGUCCAUCAAGGGAUCUACUUGUGUCCGGAGAACCCAGCUCUUUCUGUGGCGAUAAAGACGUGUAAGAACUGCACCUCGGACAGCGUUCGAGAGAAGUUCCUCCAGGAGGCCUUGACCAUGCGACAGUUCGAUCACCCGCAUAUUGUUAAGCUGAUUGGCGUCAUUACAGAAAACCCAGUUUGGAUCAUCAUGGAGCUGUGCACACUGGGAGAGUUGCGUUCCUUUCUUCAGAUUAGGAAGUACAGUCUGGAUUUAGCAUCACUCAUCCUGUAUUCUUACCAGCUCAGCACAGCCCUUGCGUAUCUAGAGAGCAAACGCUUUGUACACAGGGACAUUGCAGCACGGAACGUUCUUGUGUCUUCGGUGGACUGUGUGAAGCUGGGAGACUUCGGGUUGUCUAGAUACAUGGAGGACAGCUCUUAUUAUAAAGCCUCUAAAGGAAAACUACCUAUCAAAUGGAUGGCGCCAGAGUCAAUAAACUUCAGACGUUUUACCUCAGCCAGCGACGUGUGGAUGUUUGGUGUGUGUAUGUGGGAGAUACUGAUGUACGGAGUGAAGCCGUUUCAAGGCGUGAAGAAUAACGACGUGAUUGGUCGGAUAGAGAACGGCGAGCGUCUCGCUAUGCCGCCCAACUGCCCACCGACCCUCUACAGCCUGAUGACCAAGUGCUGGGCGUACGAUCCCAGCAAACGGCCACGAUUCACUGAGCUCAAAGGCCAACUAAGUACAAUCCUCGCAGAGGAGAAGGCUCAGCAAGAGGAGCGCAGCCGUAUGGAGAUGAGGAGACAAGUUCCCGUAUCCUGGGACUCAGGAGGCUCGGACGAGGCACCACCCAAACUGUGGUCAGUCGACUCUCUCUAUGAACGGGUUUAUAAGCCAAGUCGACCUGGUUAUCCAAGUCCCCGUUCCAGUGAAGGAUUCUACCCUAGUCCUCAGCACAUUGGCCAGCACAAUCAUUACCAGAUGGCAGGGCACUCUGGCAUACACGGCUUGCUUCCCGUGCCUGGCGGGAUGUACCCUCCCCAGGCCGCAGGGACUGGACUUGAUCACCACGACAGCUGGAACCAUCGCAGAACUACUCAGGAUCACAUGUGGAACCCCACCAUGGAGGAUGGUGUGGCUCUGCGCGGUGGUCUUUCUCAGCUGAUGGAGGAGCAGUUAUUACUGCAGCAGCAGCAGAUGGAGGAUGAUCAGCGCUGGUUGGAACAGGAGGAGAGACUACUGAAGCCUGAUGGGAGAAGUUCCAGAGGCAGCAUUGACCGUGAUGAUGGAAGCCUUCAGGGACCAACUGGAAACCAGCACAUCUAUCAACCUAUAGGGAAAGCCGAGCACGCAGCUCCUCCUAAAAAGCCUCCGCGGCCGGGUGCUCCCAGCCACCCAGCAGGAGUCUCCGGCCUCAACCCUACAGAGAGCUACAAUGAAGGCGUGAAGAUUCAGCCUCAGGAGAUCAACCCACCCCCAACAGCUAACUUAGAUCGGUCCAACGAUAAGGUCUAUGAAAAUGUGACCGGGUUGGUGAAGGCCGUGAUUGAGAUGUCCAGUAAAAUCCAGCCAGCUCCCCCUGAAGAAUAUGUGCCCAUGGUGAAGGAAGUAGGAUUAGCACUGAGAACACUGCUGGCCACUGUGGAUGAGACAAUACCCUUAUUACCAGCUCACACGCACAGAGAGAUCGAAAUGGCUCAGAAGCUUCUAAAUUCAGACCUGGCUGAGCUGAUAAAUAAGAUGAAGUUGGCCCAGCAGUACGUUAUGACCAGCCUGCAGCAGGACUACAAGAAACAGAUGCUAACAGCUGCGCAUGCACUCGCCGUAGAUGCCAAGAACCUGCUUGAUGUGAUUGACCAGGCCAGGCUGAAGAUGUUGGGACAGGCACGGCCCCAUUAGCCCCAGCAAAAGGACACGAUGACGCACGUGACGCCCCGGGAAACACACCAGCACAGACUUGUACAGUAAUGGAGUCUCACGGGCCCCUUUCACUACUCACUGACCCUCACGUUAAGCUGCACGGUAGAUCACGGGUACCUUGAGGGGGUCUCUGGAUUUAUUUAACAGAUGAGCUGGACCGGAUCGGACUCAUCAUGACCAGAUCUCUUCGAGAACAUAGUGGGCCGGUGACUGGAUGCUAAGAGGGUGAUUCUGAAUCUGGGGGCCGCUUUAAGCUUUAAACGUCUCUGGAGGAAGAGAGACACUCUUACACUGUAUCUAAUAUGUCUGUGUUUCAUUGACAAGCCCGAGCUCCACAGCCAGACCACACAAAUCUAGAUUCCGCUCCAGUUCUGGUUGUUGAAUCAUAGAAAUUGAGCUGUUUCUAAGACUCUGUUUUGCACAGUAGAACUUGAGUUGGGACUGGAUUCGCAAAAUCUGGGUUUGAUUAGUCUGGUUUUGCAUUGCAGACUCUUACGCUUCUCCCUAGGACUGAGAGGGAGAGUGUUGUAUAUUUGGGCCUUGUGCCACCUAGAGGUAAAAUAAAGUAUGACUGAAUUAAAAAA